GCCUGCGUACUUCAAAGCAUUCCUAACAACGUUGAUUGUAGACGAAAAAAAGGUUAUCAAAAAUCGUUGAAAAUGGCAAAUAUACAAAUUAAAGAAGGCGAAUAUACGUCCACAAUUUACGGAAUGAUCAAAGAUCAGAGGUUUAGUGAGGCAGUUCAGGUUCUCAACAACCAGCUUCAAACACAUAAAAGGUCAAGAGCAGCCCUGUCUUUGUUGGGUUACUGCUACUAUCAGAUGCAGGACUUUGUGAAUGCAUCUGACUGUUACGAGCAGCUGUCAAUGAUGCACCCAGAGAUUGAGGAGUACCGCCUGUAUUAUGCCCAGGCUUUGUACAAGGCCUGUCUCUACCAGGAGGCUAUGAAGGUGGCUUGCCAGAUAGACAACCCUGCACGCCAGGGAGAGGUGAUAAAGCUACAGGCUGCUAUAAAGUAUGGGGAAGAGGAUCUGCCUGGAGCAAAGAGUCUGGUGGAGCAGUGUCCCACAGACGACCCUGACACAGAAAUCAACCUGGGCUGUCUGCUCUUUAAGGAGCAUAGGUAUGAGGAAGCUUGUCACAAGUUCACGACAGCCAUACAGAUACUUGGGUACAAGUCUGACCUGUCAUACAACAUUGCCCUGUGCCACUACAUGAUGAAGCAGUAUGCCCCUGCCCUCAAACACAUAGCAGAUAUCAUAGAGAAGGGAAUCAAGGAGCACCCAGAGUUGAGCGUUGGUAUGACAACAGAGGGUAUAGAUGUCCGUAGUGUGGGCAACUCCCUCGUCCUGCACGAGACCGCUCUUGUGGAGGCAUUCAACCUGAAGGCUGCCAUUGAGUAUCAGCUCAAAAACUACGAGGCAGCGUGUGAGGCAUUAACAGACAUGCCCCCACGUGGCGAGGAGGAGCUUGAUGCUGUGUCCCUGCACAACCAGGCGCUCAUGAAUAUGGAUAAUGACGCCACACAGGGAUUUGAAAAACUCCAGUUCCUGCUUCAGCAGAACCCCUUCCCUCCGGAGACAUUCGGCAACCUCCUUAUCCUCUAUGUCAAAUAUGAGUACUAUGAUCUGGCCGCUGAUGUAUUAGCAGAAAAUGCUCACCUCACAUACAAGUUUCUGUCAACAUACCUGUAUGACUUCCUGGAGGCAGUGAUCACACGGCAGACGUCACCGGAGGAGGCAUACAGGAAACUGGACGAGAUGGCCACCAAACAGACCGAGACACUCCGUAAACUUACCAAACAGGUUCAGGAGGCAAGAACCAAUCAUGAUGAUGAGGCCGUGAAGAAGGCUGUCAACGAGUAUGAUGAGGCCCUGGAAAGGUACAUCCCAAUCUUGAUGCAACAGGCGAAGAUUUACUGGGACAUGGAGAACUACCAGCAGGUGGAGAAGAUCUUCCGCAAGUCUGUCGAGUUCUGCAAUGAGCAUGACACAUGGAAACUCAAUGUGGCCCAUGUGCUCUUUAUGCAGGAAAACAAGUACAAGGAGGCCACAGGCUUCUAUGAGCCCAUUGUGAAGAAGAAUUAUGAUAAUAUCCUGAAUGUGAGUGCGAUUGUUUUGGCCAACCUGUGUGUGGCCUACAUCAUGACCAGCCAGAAUGAGGAGGCAGAGGAGUUGAUGCGUAAGAUUGAGAAAGAAGAGGAGCAGGUGGCCUACCAGGACCCGGAGAAGAAAAUCUACCACCUCUGUAUUGUGAACCUAGUCAUCGGGACCCUGUACUGUGCCAAGGGGAACUACGAGUUUGGCAUAUCUCGUGUGAUCAAGAGCUUGGAACCAUACAACAAGAAGCUGGGCACAGACACAUGGUACUACGCCAAGCGCUGCUUCCUCUCCCUGAUCGAGAACAUGACCAAGCACAUGAUCAUGAUGAGAGACGCUGUGAUGCUGGAGUGUAUACAGUUCCUCGAGUGCUGUGAAAUGUAUGGGCGUGAUGUGAAGGCGAUGAUAGAGCAGCCCCUGGAGAAAGAACCCAUGCACCCGGGAAAGAACACCGUCACAUAUGAGGCACGGCUCCUCAAAGGGCUGCUUCUCCAGCUUAUAUAGGGACCAGCUAGUGCUAUUGGAAGAUAUGGCGUGAUAUGCAGGCCUUUUUUACUCAUACCAAGAUACAAAGCUCCAAAUUUUGACAAUUUGCACAUCAAAAGUUAAUUCUCAAUUUAAUUGGUUCAUGAUUGUUGGCAAUGAUUCAAUUAAAUAUAGUUCACAAUGCAAAUAAUUGUUGCCAAGAUGUCUAGAAUAAGGCCUGGUAAUUUUACAUGUUUGUGAUAUUCCAUUGACAAUGGCGAUGGCUUGGUCAUUGUUAGAUGCUAGUAGUAAAUAAAUCUAGUGGGAAUUCUUGUUAAUUGCUUGAAAUUCAUACUAUUCAUUGACUUGAAUGUACUGGGGAAAAAACAACAACAAUGUAAUCUAGUUUCUGUGUGUUAUAUUGAAAUGUCAUUGUUUUUUAUCAGUAGUGUUUAUCUUUUCAGUCACUUUGAAAUAGUAUGAUAUUACUGAACAGUUUACGAACUAAAAGGUUUUUAAAGAGUUUUUGCUGGAGAUUUUUGGUAGAUAAUGCAAAUUUGAACCAUGCUGAUGUUUUUGUAUUUCUCUAGUACAGAUGUUGAUGUCUUUGUUUUCCUCUUUGAAGAGUUAUUCUGUACAACAGCUUUGCACAUUUUUAUGUUAAAUCGUAUGAAAGGUUUUGUAUCACUAUAACGAUUUGAUUUGUAACGAGUUAUAGAUAACUCCUUGGAAAAUAAUAUUGCUUCCAAGUCACACUAGCGAAAACUACAGUAUUGUACUUAAUUAAAACAGCUUACCAGACAGAAACAGAACUGGCCCUAGGAAUUCUUGGAUGAUUUUUGUAUUUUUGAAAGUAUGAGAGUCUGGUUUAAUUACUCAUAUACAUGCAUUCAUGAAAUUCUGUCCUAAAUCGUCACGUGAGUGCAGAAAGUGCAUGUAAUGAAUACACAUGUAUGCGUCGAGAACCGCAUCUGACAUUUAUCCCCAGUAUUUCUUAAUCUUCUGGGAUGGAAAUAUCACAUACAUGCUUACUAUUUGCAUGCAAUGUUUCUAUUACGUUGAAGAUCUAUUCAGAUUUAUUGAUCCGUCCUUUGUCAUAUUUAUCAAACCUGUAUUUAUAUCGUAUAUGUUAAAGGUUUGUCAAUUGUAUAUUUAUUUGUUUGUCUUAUAUUUUUAUUAAAAUCUAUUUUCGCUCGUCA